AUGAUGACACAAUUCGACGGAUCUGAGCCAGCGAACACUUCAGAUCUAUUUGAUAAUCUUAAUGAUUUUACCGAUCCAUUGGACAAUUCACAACAAACGCCCAUCACUCAACAGCAAAAUCCGUAUCAACAACAAGUACAACAACCGCAACAACGAGUUAAUUACAUAGCCCAACCUCGGCAACAAUUAUCUUCGUAUCAAACACCGAACUUACAACGUAUACCAACGAUACCGACAUCCGCAAUCGUUCGAUCGCCUAACGUUAUAUCCAAUGGAAUUCAACAACAACCGACUAUUUAUACUUCUCAGCAGAUUAUGAACACAUCUCGAGCGGCAUAUCCACGUAUACCUGUACCGUCACAGCAACAGCAGCCACAACAAACUAUGGCAUCUGCACUUGUCAGACAGCAGUACAAUCAGUCGAGUAUGGUUCCUAUGAAUCAAAACGUAACACAAAUGAAUAUUGUUAAAGCAAGUGAUCCAAAUAAUAAUAGUGUAUAUGUACCGAAUCCACAGCAACAACAAUCAUCAACGCUGGUUGGCUUACAAUCACCACAUACAGUGACACAAGGAAAUAAACCGAUUUCAACAGGUUUACCUUCAUUGACAUCUCAACAAUUAAUUCAUAUACAACAGCAGCAACAGCAACAACAACAACAAAAUUCUCUACAAUCCUUCAAUAUUCGAUCAAAUAUGAUGGAUCAGACAUCAACAAAUCCUUCGAAUUAUAUCAUCAGUACUCAACCUCAACAGACUCUCCCCAACGGUCCGUCAUCGAAUCCGUUGAACGUUCCACCUCCGACAAAUAAUUCUCAACAGCAUACAGAAGCACAACGAAAACAAUUCAUCCAAAAGCAACUAGUUCUUCUGCUUCAUGCACAUAAAUGUCAACAACGUGAAAAACAAACAAUCAACGGUGAACCACCACGUCCAAGUACAUGCACAUUGCCACAUUGUAGUACGAUGAAAAGCGUUCUUCAACAUAUGACGAAAUGUAAUGAUCAUAAAACAUGUACAGUUGCACAUUGUGUUACAUCCCGUCAAAUUAUUUUACAUUGGAAACAAUGUAACAAUCCUCAAUGUCCUAUCUGUCAACCACUGAAAACACCUUCAACAUUAGCGAAACUGAAUCAAGCAACAAAUAAUUCGAAUGCAAAUCUACCAUCGUCAGUGCAGUCACUACAGCAACAACAACAGCAGCAGCAACAACAACUACAAUUGUCUCUAUCAACAGUAGUACCAAGUGCAACGGCAAUUGCGGCAACUACUAAUAAAGAGUGGCAACGACGUGUAACUCAAGAAAUGCGAAACCAUCUUGUACAAAAAAUCAUAGCCGCUUUGAUUCCUAUGACUGAUACGUAUACAGUGCGUGAUAAACGUAUUAAUAAUCUAGCUAAUUAUGCUCGACGUGUCGAAAGUGAAACAUUCGACGUUGCAAAUAAUCAAGAGGAAUAUUUUCAUAAACUAGCAGAGAAAAUCUACAAAAUUCAAAAAGAAUUAGAAGAUCGUAAAGAAAAAAAGCGUCAACAAGACCUCCAGUUAACUGCUCAAAUCUCUUCAACUAAUGAUUUCAAUGGAAAAAUGCAUUCAACUAUGGAUGCAAUGGCCGGUGAUCAAGGUCCACCAAAUCGUAUAGCACCAGCAGCUGACUAUGGGUCGUCGUCCGCUGCUGGUAAUCUUCUUCAACAACAACAUAUAAUUAAAUCCGAAACAACAAUGGCAACAGCAAAUCGAACAAUGAUGAAUAAUAAUAAUAAUAAUUUAACAUCGGGAACGUUUUCUGUAACAAAUGUACCGUCGAAUGAAAAUUUGAGUUUUCUUCUCAAUGGAGUAAUGACAGCAGGAAAUCAAUCUCACGAAAUCGAUAUGAUGGAUACAACACGAACAAGCCUUGAUGGACUCAAUCAAUUCAAAAACGAACCGUAUUCUCCUAAAACAACGUAUACGUCCGGUACGAUUAAACAGGAAGAAUCUAUGGGUGAUAGUACUUAUCCUUUGAAUUCCGCAGCGACUACAGUGAUGAUGAAACCAUAUUCUGAUUCUGCAUUAGCAGAAGACACCAAACCAAAACCUCCUCAAAUCGAAGCAUCCAGUAAACAGUUACCUAAGCAUCCCGUUCAAUUUACACCCGAAGAAUUACGCGCACAUCUCGAACCAGUUAUUCACAAAAUGAUCGCCUGUGAAGAUUCGCCGCCGUUUCGACAGCCAGUCGAUCCUGUUGCAUUGAAUAUUCUCGAUUAUCCAACGAUUAUUAAACAUCCCAUGGAUAUAUCAACUAUGCAUAAUAAACUCUUGAAUAGAGAAUACAAAACUCCAUUGCAAUUUUGUGAUGAUGCCUGGUUGAUGUUUAAUAAUGCUUGGCUCUAUAACAAGAAAACAACACGAGUAUAUAAAAUGUGUACGAAACUAUCGGAAGUGUUCGCUGAUGCAAUCGAUCCUGUUGUUCAAACACUGGGGUAUUGUUGUGGUCGACAAUAUGUUUACUUACCACAAGUCAUGUUUUGCUAUGGAAAUCAAUUAUGUUGUCAAAUUCCACGUGAUGGAAAUUAUUAUUAUUAUAACAAUCUGGAACCAUCACGAUUGAAUUUAUCCGGUGAUAAAUAUACGUUUUGUUCGAAAUGUUUCGAUUCGGUUAAAGGUGAUUCAAUAUUCGUCGGUGAUGAUCCCGCUCAAACAUUAGUCGAAAUACCCAAAAAUCAAUUUCUAUCAGCUAAAAAUGAUAUCCAAGAACCUGAGGCAACUGUUGACUGUAUCGUUUGUUCGCGUCGCUGGCAUCAAGUAUGUGCAUUACAUUUGGAUCAAGUAUGGCCCGAAGGUUUCAUUUGUAAAACAUGUAUACACGAAUACAACAUCAAACGGAAAGAUAAUCGUCAAACAGCACCGAGAUUAACUGUGACAGAUCUAGCAGUGCGCCUAGAAAAACGUGUCAAUGAUUUCUUACGUAACGAAGGUUGUUACACUGGUCGGGUGACAAUACGAAUACUAGCAGCAAGUGAUAAAAUUUGUGAAGUGAAGCCGCGUUUGAAAAAAUACUAUCCAAAUCAAGUACCGGAUGGAUAUCCUUAUCGAACAAAAGCGAUAUUUGCUUUUCAAGAAAUCGAAGGUGUCGAUGUCGUUCUAUUUGGCAUGCACGUACAAGAAUAUGAUGGACGAUGUCAAGCGCCGAAUACGCGUCGUGUCUAUGUCUCAUAUCUGGAUUCAGUAUAUUUCUUUCGGCCAAAAGAAUAUCGAACCGAAGUAUAUCACGAAAUCUUAAUUGGAUAUUUGGAUUAUGCCAAACAGUUAGGUUAUGUCUAUGCACAUAUAUGGGCAUGCCCACCAAGUGAAGGGGACGAUUACAUCUUUCAUUGUCAUCCACCAGAACAACGUGUACCGAAACCGAAACGUUUGCAAGACUGGUACAAGAAGAUGCUCGAUAGGGCUGUGACUGAAGGUGUUGUUAUUGAUUUUAAAGAUGUGAUGAAAGAUUGUGUGGAUAAUCAAGUGCAAAAUGCCUGGAGUAUUCCAUACUUCGAAGGAGAUUUUUGGUCAAAUAUUAUCGAAGAGAGCAUAAAGGAACUUGAUCAAGAAGAAGAAGAUCGAAGGAAACAAGAAGUCGAAGCAGCACGAGCGAUGGAAGAUGGUGGUCUGGACGAUCUUAUUGAACCAGAAGAUCAUACAGAUACAUCUGAUAAACGUAAAUCUACUACGACAUAUAAAAAGAAAAAUUUAAAGAAAACAACUUCGAGUCAACGGAAAGUAGCGAAAAAGCAAAUGUCGAAUUGCACUGACUUAAUAUCGAAGAUAUUCGCCACGAUGGAAAAACAUAAAGAAGCAUUCUUCGUCAUUCGUCUUCGUAAUCCGAUGGCAACUUAUCCAGCGGUCAACGAUACUGAUGCUCUGAUUCAAUGUGAUCUGAUGGAUACCCGAGAUGCAUUUCUAAACUUUGCUCGUGAUAAACACUACGAAUUUUCUUCAUUACGUCGUGCGAAAUUCUCGACCAUGGCUCUCUUAUACGAAUUGCAUACAUCAACUACAGAUAAAUUUACUUAUAAUUGUAAUAAAUGCCGACAACAAUGCGAAAUUCGUUACCAUUGUACUGUAUGUGAAGAUUUCGAUCUAUGCGAGAAAUGCUACGAGAUUGAACCUAAGCACGAACAUAAAAUGGACCGUUCGGUGCCAGCAAUCGUCGAAGAUUGUGAUCAAAAUUCAUCUAAUCUGAACGGCAAAUCUCUUGCUAGUACACAACUACAACGGCAACAAUCGAUGCAACGUUGUAUUGAAGCACUAUUACAUGCAGUUAACUGUCGAAAUGCAAAUUGCGUUAAUCGCAGCUGUUUUCGUUAUAAACGCGUCAUACAACAUACGAAAGAAUGUAAAGGCAAAAAUAGUCAAUGUAAUGUAUGUAAACAAGUGAUAUUUCUCUGCUGGUAUCAUGCUAAGAGCUGUAUGGAUCAUCAUUGUCAAGUACCAUUUUGUACAAAUUUGAAAUCCAAGAUACAGAAACAGAAAGCGACUAGCUUACAAACUGAUAGACGUCGCAUGCAAGCGAUGAUGCAGCAGAGAACGAGUACAAUGCAACAGGCACAACAAGUAACGGUUACACCAACUCGUACUGAUUCUAUGUCGAACUCUACUCAACUUUCAUCCUAUGAUUCGACUAUAGCAAAUCCAUCAUUAAACAGUUCAUCAGGUAAACCAUCACUAACAUCUGUGCGUACCCCUCAGCAACAAUCGACGUGGCAUAACCAACCUCAACAACAACAACAACCGUAUAUUAUGGCACAAAAGCCGAACAAUGGUAAACCACUUAAUAGUCUAUCUCAACAACAACCAUCAAGUCAAGUGAGUUUAAUGAUUAAUCGAGUUAAACAAGACCCGGCACUUGAUGAUCAACAACGAUCAGACAUAAAUGAUCAAACGAAACAACAACAGCAAAAACCGAUGUUUUCGCCGCUAAUUAAUAAAGCCGGAGCUAAUCGUUCGCAAACGUCCACGUACAUACAGCCGCAACAAGGUUGGUACGCCUCAACAAAUCAACAGCAAUUUAACCCUCCUCCGAAUUAUUCAACUGCAACACGUCCUCGCUUUCCAUCUGUCAUGCCUCAACAAUCACAAAAUCAAUCAUCUCCACAGACACUUUUAGCACCAUUGAGAUCGAGCACACCUUAUAUAACUCGAGCACCAUUGGUAAGACCUCAGUAUUCCUCUCAACAACAACAACAACAGCCACCACCAUCGCAGGAUCCAUCUAUACGCUAA